ACCUGCGACAAGAUAGACAUUUGAGUUGGUAUCAACUAUCAAGUCUUUGGGGUCAAAUAAUUGACAAUAAUUGACAAUAAUUGUAAAGUGAUUUACAAUUGUUGGGAUGGAUGGAAAAGAGGAAGAGGCAGGUGAGACGCAGUUUAACCACGUUUUGAAGGCGGAGGUGCAUCUGCGAGAAAGUCGAGACUUUUCGAAAGCUCAAGAUCUUUACUCUGAAUGGAUUGAAAAGUUCACAGACGUACAAAACAGUGAGAUUGUGGCAUCGGAUGAGACGUGGAGAAAGCGUGUUGCUUUAGCGUACAACAACCGAGGUCAGUUAAAGUACUUGCGAGUAGAUUUCAAUGAGGCUGUCCAAGAUUACAACAAGGCAUUGGAAUACGACCCAAACUUUCCUGCCUGUUAUUAUAAUAGGGGAACUAUCCUGUACAGAAUGGGAUGCUUUGACAAUGCAGUUCUGGAUAUGAGAAAAGCUGUAGACCUUUCGUCGGAAACGGUAGAAUUCAGGAUAGGUUUAGAGCAAUGUCAGAAAGAGUUGACAAAUCGGAGUGAUACGUGACACGUGCUCUUUCUUAGGAUUAACCGUCCAAAGUACGUUUUUAAAUUGUAUUGCUCAUGAUGACUGACGUAUCAGUUUAAUUUUUCAACUUUUAUAUCUAGUUAUAGUUGCGCUAUUGUAAGUCGAUCAAUUAAUUUCUGCAAAAGGAUUUAUUUCAAUAUAUAUAUAUCGAUAUAUGUAGUUUAACAUUAUUAGAUUUUGCAUAUUUCCAAAUGCAUAUAGAAAAAUCAACUAAAUGCAACAAAAUUCUGAACGUAAUUAUUAUAAAGUAAAAUACAAAUCAUUAUAUUGAAUAUCACUUGAAAUAUACAUAAGA